AUGCACUCCCCUUCAUUGCUCAUUUUUCUAGCACUGGUAUUUCUUUUUGGGACGUUGAAAGAUGGUUUAAUCCAGAGGCGGUCGCAGGCUGGUCCGACGCAGCGUAUUAGCAGCUCCGUCAAUGCUGAACAAGGCCAACGGGAUUACUCGGGAAAUGACCUCGCCCACGAUCUUAUAAAGAAGAAGAGCGGUAGCGACUACUCGUUUCAGCCUUUAUUCAAACGGCAAGGAUCAUGUAAAGACGGUCAAACGGCCUGCGGGCCUGGAUGCAUGCCAGAGAACGCCGAUUGCUGCAGUGGCAAGACUUACUGCAUUGCAGGCACUAUCGAUUGUGACCACAAGUACAGCUGUCUCUACGUUAUCAUCAACAUCGGCUGUAAUGACAGCGACAAAUCUACAAUCAACAACAACAACAAAUUUGCCAUCACCAACCGAAACGGAUACUCGAUCCUCCAUCAUAAGCGAGAUCAUCCGCACUGUAACGGCGCAGCCUUUGGACGUGACUCUGGAAAUGGAACGACCUCGACAGGAAUCAUCGCCGGUGCCACUGUGGGUGGCGUGGUCGCCGGCGCCUUGGCCAUGGGGGCGCUAUGGCUUCUCUUUCGACGCCAAAAAUGA